AUGAAGUGUCACCUCUGUGUCAACUACAUCGAGCUGCAGACGGACCCCGGGAAUUGUGACUACGUCAUCGUCAGCGGGGCCCGGCGCAAGGAGGAGCGCUGGGAGCCGGGGGACAGCGGCCAGGUCCUGCCUGAUGACCGGCGCGGUUCCCUGGAGGUGCUGAACCAGCGGCUGCUGCCGGGGCAGCUCCGCUACGAGCGGGUGGGGGGCGUGGAGCGGGCCUGGGGCGCCAUCCGCGACAUGGAGGUGCGGGGGGCUCCGGCCAUCGCCCUGCUGGGCUGCCUSAGCCUGGCCGUGGAGCUGGCCAGGGGUGAGGGACCCGCCGAGGAUUUGGGGGCCCUGGAGGAGUUUGUGGCACAGAAAUUGGGGUUCCUGCUCAGCGCCCGCCCGACGGCCGCCAACCUGGGCCGCGAGGCCGAGCGGCUCCGGGCGUUCAUCCGGCAGCAGAUGGAGACCCCCGGGGUCACCCCCCGGCAGCUGCGGGAGAGGUAACGGGG